GUCUUUGCCGUGGAACAUUAUGCGCGCUCCAGAGUGGAUGAGCAAAGAAAUGGCACUUCUGACAUUGAAAUUGGAACGGUAUAAGCCCGUGGGCAGUGGCUAUAAUCGCAUCCAGUCUAUCCGCCUGUCCCAGAGCGUUACUCAAAUGCUGAACAAUCCGUUGCCCGUCGUGCCUGCCGCUUCCACCACCAGAUCGCCGCAGGAUAGUUCCUUCACAACCCCUCGUCGACGUGGAGUACUUAGUCGCAGCAAUUCCGAGUGGGAGGAGGUGUAUCCUGCCGUCAAGUUGUGUCGUCAGCAGAGCACAGAGAGUGCCAGCAGCCUGGACAGUGAGCUCAAGUUCACGCACUACCGGAAUUGUUCAACACGGAUUCCCUAAAGGAGAAUUAGGACUUUGGUUUUAUUUUGCAAUAUUUGUGAAUUUGUACUUUCUGCUGCUUUAAGAAAUAAAUUAAUUAUAAUUAACAAAUAAUA